AUGGAGGAGGAGAAGCUAGAGAUUGUCGGACCAUUGGAGGAGCCGUUGAUGGAAAACAUCGUACCGGAGGAGAUCAACGGCCUGGAUUCGCUUUCUUCGUCAGAUACUGAUAGCGAGAAACCAGAUUCUCCCGUUCCCAUCAAUGCUCCGAUCUACCGGAUGUUUGGCAGAGAACGACCAAUCCACAUGGUUCUCGGCGGAGCUGCUGAUGUGUUGCUAUGGAGGGACAAGAUGGUCACCGGAGGAUUACUCAGUGCCGUGACUGUGAUUUGGUUGUUUUUCGGAUUCGGUCAAUGUCGUCUUCUCACAUUUGUUUGUCGCGGCUCGAUCCUCUUUCUGCUUCUCUCAUUCCUCUGGUCCCAUGCUCUCAACAAAUCUCCAGAAAACAUAAUGGAGAUUUACAUCCCUGAGAAGCCAUUACUCCAAGCUGCUUCUGCAUUGACCUUUGAGCUUAACUGUGCUUUUGCAACCUUAAGGAGCAUUGCGUUGGAGAGAGACAUCAAGAACUUUGCAGUGGCACUCAUAGGACUUUGGAUGGUGUCGAUCAUUGGAAACUGGUUCAGCUUCGUGUCAUUGCUCUACAUCUGUUUUGUUCUAAUUCACACGGUGCCAAUGCUCUAUGAGAAGUUUGAAGAUGAGAUUGAUCCAAUUGCAGAGAAGGCUGUGAUUGAGAUGAAGAAGCAUUUCCAAGUUUUUGAAGCCAAGUAUUUAAGUAAGAUCCCUCAUUAG